CGCGUUUGGACCGCACGCGUUUUUUCGCUUAAAUUAAAAUCGUUAUCAAAACUUCAAUUAUAUUUCAAUUAACUUAAAAAACACUCAGCUAUCUGUGUGACAAUUAAACCGUGUAUAAUUUUAUCUGUGUGCAACAUUAUCAACCGGGAUUUUGUUUUAUAAUUUAUUGGCGAGCCAUGCGGACAUCACUAUCAGUACACGCGAGAUCAACGGAGAGAACGCAUCUCUCAAACUAAGAUAAACUUAUCCGAUAAAGAAAUAAUCUGCGUUCAAGUGAAAAUUAGAUCGAGCGAGAGAAGAAACAUUCGUCGGCCAUUUUGUUAUAUUGAAAGCUGAAGUGGCUCGUAUUCGAUUUUCAAAAUUUUCAAUAGUUCGAUCACAUAACAUCCAUUGUUAAUUUCGUGCCGCGUUUAAACGCGUCACUACUUGAAAGACUAGUGUGGUGAAGUGGUGUCGUAGACUUUUAAAGAUGGCAACUACGGGUAGUGAGAUGUGGCUGCAGUGGUUUGCUUGCUGCUACCAGCCAGCUGCGCAGGCGCAACGUACCCGCCGGAGAAUAGAUAGAUCUAUGAUUGGUGCACCUACCAAUUUCCAACACACAGGACACAUCGGAUCCACCGACGUGGACAUGCCCUCAUCGCUGCUUCACUCCAUACAGAAUCAGAUGCAAAGCAAGGGAGGCUACGAGAUGGCAUAUAGUGUUAAGGUUUAUUGAGCGAAGGCGGCUUUAUCAGAGACGUUUGUGACAAAAUAGAGUGAAAAUAUUCUAAUAUGAUCUUAAUAUGUAUUUAUUAAAGAACCUUUAAUUUUAAGUUUAGAUAGUUAUGUUUUGUUGUGUAUAGAGAAUAACACCGGAGAUAAAAAUGAGUUACCUAAAUUUAGACGAUGCACGCACAUAGCGAUUAUAUUAUUUUGUACCAAAUAAUUAUAACAAGUCAUUUACUAUUUGACGAAGAAAAUUUUCUAUAAAUUUAUUAUAAUUUUUCUAAAUUUGUACAAUGAGUACGGUACUCCAUUUUGCAAUGUAAAUUGUAAGGCAUUUUUGUUCAUAUGUACCUAUUUCUAACUAAGCCAUAAAUAAAAUAGAGUAGGUAAUUCGAAAGAUCAAUCGUGAAAAACAUAAUUAUAUUUCUGUAUAUGUGCACACAAUCUGCUAAUGAUACAAGAAUUUAAAUAAAAUUCAUUAGCAAAAUACAAUAAAGUAGAGUUACUUCAUACAUACCUGGGUAUAUUAAAUACCUUACCUUUUAUUACUAAAAAAGGUAAUUCUAUGCAAGUUGACUUUGAUAGUUAAAUUAAAAAAGAACAAGCUAAAUGUUAAAAAUUAUCCAGUUAAAUAUAACUUUGUAUUUUUAUACACCACGGACACUUUUUGUUUGUUUACACUUAAAAAAAUUUAAUAAUAGCAAUAUUAUUACUUAUUGUUAAAACUAAAUAAACAUUAUUUACAUUCUUUAUAAAUGGAUCAUAUGUUUAUAAAUCCACAUAUUAAACGUAUUUAAUGUUACUUAUAAAGAACUAAUUGAAAAUAUUGACACUGCCCAAGAAAAAAAAGGUUUUAAAAAGAAAAUAUUUACCUUCAUUGGUAAACUUUCUUAAUAAAAAUAUGUGCAAAAUGUAUUCGAAUUUUAAUCGUGACUUAUUAAAUUAUUUGAACUUGUAAACCUGAACGCAUUUGUAAUAGCGAAUAGAAUAAUUAUCAACAGUUAUACCAAAUUGUAGCCUCUAUAAUCCCUUAGGUAAACAUUCUGUGUGAGUUUUAAGAAUUAGACGAAUAUUUCUCAUGAAUAUAUAGAAUAAGAUGUCUGUAUUAUCUUCCACGUAUGAAAUUAGUUGUAGUUUGUUGUGAAUUAUUAGUAUAAUGUCUUCAUGCCCGAAUGUUUUUGGGCAUACGAAUGACGAAGAGAUUUCAACCCAAAUCUACAAUAGAAGGAAGUUCAUUUAUAGUCUAUAGAGUUUUAUAUCUAUUUACAUCCUGUGUAUCGUCGUUGCAUUUGCAAAAACUGAAGUGUGUAGUAUUCUGUGUAGGGCUUACUGCAAGCCCGCCUGUGUGCAGCGUGCCUCCCGCUUACUCUUCUAUAACUUUUUAUUUUAUUUCAUAUUAGUUGGCAGACUGGCAAAUGAGCCAUCUUAUGGCAAGUUAUCAAUACCGCCCAUAGACAUUGACGCUGACGGAAAUAUAUACUAUCCCUUACGUCAACGCAGCACCAACCUUGGGAACUAAGAUUAUAUGUCCUUUGUGUCUGUAGUAACACUGGCUCACUUAUCCUUCGGAAAUCGAAACUUUUGUCGGUAGAAUAACAGACGAGUGGCCAUCAAGUAGCGUACCAAUGUGCCGCUUUGAAGGUACAUCACAUCUUAGAUCCCGCGGUUGACGACAAUGUACUAUUUGCAUUGCAUUGGCGAUAGCACUAAUGUACGUAAACAUUAGUGUCAUCCUAAAAUAAAUAAACAGACUAUUUCCGCUCAUGUUCAUUUCGUUCAGUUUUUGUAAACGUAAUGUCGAUACAAACAAAAUAAUUAUUUGCAAACCUGUUAAUAAUUUUGUCAUUUUAUUGUUAAAACGACAAAGUUGUCUGUAACUCGAUAUAGUGAUUUAUACAUUGUAAUUAUAUUUGAAAAAAUAUGAAUUGUGAAAUCAU